CACAUGUCCUACUCAGAGUACAAAUCUUUCGGAAAAGGAUCCAUUCUAUAAAUCCAGGAUUAAAAUGAAAACGAACACUACAAAAGAUGAUCAAACACGGAAACAGGUUAUCAAAAUGUUGGUAUUGGUCAUCGUCCUUUUUGUCAUUUGCUGGGCACCAAUCUUGACCAAUAACUUACUGGUCGCUUACGGUUAUCUGCCCUUGUUGAACUUUGGUUACCUAAAACCAAUGCGGGAAGCCUUUUUCUUGAUGGCCUACUCAAACAGUUGUGUCAACCCCGUUGUUUACGGUUUCAUGUCAAGGAACUUCAGAGAAGCCUUCCUCAAUGCACUUUGCUCGUGCCUCAGAGGAAAAGAGUACGUCCGGCGGAAGCGGUUUGAACGACACAAUUCCAGCGUCACGAGGUCAACGCAGAUGGGUUACAUCCGGGACAUUGAAAUGGAGGAGAUGGAAAUUUGCUCAAAAUACGGCGCCACAUACGUCCCAGAGAGUGUAUAACGAGGAGAGGCGACCAACGAAAACUACAACUUUAACGAACUAUAUCUUAAGAUACAUGUGUGCGUGUAUAUGCGUGUGUAUAUAUAUAUGUGUGUGCGUGUGUGUAUGUGUAUAUAUAUAAAGGCGGUGAGCUGGCAGAAACGUUAGCGUGCCGGGCGAAAUGCU